AAUAAAAGAUGUCGGCACGUUAUUUCUAGCCAAGAAAAAGUCUGAGGCUACAUUUGAUAGUCAUCUAAAUCGCGUUGCAUCAAAGCACGCGAGUUUCGCGAUUGCUAUUGGACGCGUUUUAUAUAUUCGUGUCCUUUUGUAAAUAUAUGUGAAUAGUGUAUUUAGUAACUUAUUAUAAAAAGUAUUAAAAAAAUAAUAACGCAGUGAUUAAGUAGACAUUUGUGUUGGCGUUGUAUUCCAACCGUUGUUUUGGCUGUCGCUAAAAAAAAAAUUUGACGAGAAAAUUUUCGAAGAAAUAAUUGUAAAUAAAUAUACUGCUAUAUAUUUACAUAACUAUACUAUCAAAAAAACAUUAAAACGUCCGCGUCUACCAUUUAACCAACAUACAAAGUAAAAGCUACUUGACUAAGUGCUCAACAGAAUGAAGUGGCUCAGUGCUGGAAGUGGUGGUACCAGCGAGCCGGCACCCUCGAUGCAGCUCCAUCAUCCCUCUGCAAAUGGACACAUACCUGAUAUUGAUCAGUGUGCACAAAUGAUAGCAAGUGGAGAUGCUAUGAGAAUCCAAGCUGGACAAACCAAUCAGAUUGGUGUCAGUAGAACCCAAGAUGACGCUAUGGUUGGUUAUGUUUUUCAAAGACCUACAGAGCCUGAUUAUAAUGCUCAAGCUAAUUCUUUUCAAAGUAAACAGGCACCAAGAGCUUGGGCAAUUGCUGAUGAUGCUCUUAUUGAUAACAACCAUGAGAAAUGGAAAUAUCCAAUGGCAAAAUUGGGUGUACCACAGCAAAGUCAACCACAACAAUUGGGCCUUCAAACAAUGAAUAAUGUUCACUUACCAUAUGAAUUACAUCCCAUGCAACUUAAAAGUGCUGCACCUGGAACAGAACAUCUGGUUUAUCUGAACAAUCAAAUGACAACUCAACAACAGGUUGCAUUAUUUCAUCAUCAACAACAACAACAACAACAGCAGCAGCAACAACAACAGCAACAACAACAACAACAGCAGCAGCAGCAUCAACAGCAACAACAAUACAGAAAUGGCCAGAUCGCACCCUCGGCAAAAAAGCUCUGGGGCGUUGACGAAGGUGGUUCAAAAGAUGAAGGGGGUGUCAAAGGCGGUGGGAUACUUCAUCUUGGUGAUCAUCAUCAAAUGUGGCGAGAUUCAACUUGGAGCACUCCAGAUCAUGCAGUAUCACAGCCAAUUUCGAUGGCAACCGGAAGACGAGUUAGUGUGGGAACAGGUUACCAUCAUCAAACAUCUGAAGUUGGAGCUGUACUUAGUCCCAGAAGCAGUGAAACCGGUGGUCUUGGUGUUAAAAUGGUUGAAUAUGUUCUUGGAUCAAGUCCAACUACACCAAAGGAUUUGGAAUCCCGAAUGAGCGCACUCAGAUUGAAUGCAGACAAUGACAAAAAAGAUAAAGACAAAGGAUCAGCAAGUCCAUUUGACGGUUCAAAAGAUGAUAAUGUUCCUCAAGGCAAUGGACUUGUUUCGCAAAAUGGUCUCGAUGAUGACAAAGGUUUCAAUCGAACCCCCGGAAGCAGACAACCUUCACCAGGUGAAGAAGAAUUUCAAAAAAAUGCAGCAGGAACUUUAGCAGUUAGUGCAGGUGGUGGUGUCGUUUUAUUAAAACCAGGUGUCGAUGUUGUUGGUAGCGAAGAACAUUUUAUGGCAGCAUUUGCUCCAGCACCACCUCAUCAUCUUCAACAUCAUCAAGCACCACCGACUCAUCAUCUCCAGCAUCCCCAUUCACAUGCAGCUCAACUUUUUGGUGCGCAAGGACCAUUACCUCCACAAGGACCACCGCCAACUCAGCAGCAACAACAACAAGGUCCUCCGCAGCAACAGGAUACAACAACUCACUUUGAUGUACAGCAAUUAUUUCGUGGUCAACCACAAGGCGCGACUCCUCAGCAGCUUCAACUUCUUCAGCAGCAACAACAACAGCAACAGCAGUAUCUAGCAGCAUCUCAGGUACAACAGCAGCAGCAACAACAACAACAGCAGCAACAAAAUUUUCCAACUGCUCCUUACACUGUAAUAAGUGGACAGGAACCGUAUGUUGGUGCUUUGAUAGCUGGUGCACCACCAGUAGUACCUCAAUAUUAUGGAGUUGGUCCAUGGGUUUAUCCAGCAGGGCUACUGCCUCAAGCACCACCACAAGCUGCAGCUCCACCACCCAGAAGACCACUGACACCAUCUUCAGCAGCUGCUGCUGCUGCUGCUGCUCAAGAUAGUGCUAAUAAUCUCGCACAGACGGUUCAAGGACAAUAUCAAGUAAUACCAACGUACUAUGAUCAAAAUGGAUCCUUAGUAAUGGCCGGUGUACGAGGUCUUGGAUCUGCUGCUACACCCAUGAGAUUAGUCAGUCCAGCACCUGUUCUUGUUAACAGAGCUCCAUCCCAACCACCACCAGGACCACCAGCACCACCUCCACCAAGUCUAUAUUCACAGCCUACUUCAACAUCUCAUAAUAAUGCAACACCUGGAGAAUGCUUAGGUCUCGCGGCGGGAAGUGCGGCAGUGAUAGCUCAAGCUCAGGCGGUUGCUGUACAGCAAGCACAACAACAGGGUACGGGACUUGCUGCUGGUUUGGCAGCUUUGGGUUACGGUGGCUCGCCACUUGGUGCCCUUGGCUCGCCUGCUCAACUACAGAGCACAGGUCUAGGUCUUGGAGCAUCAUCGACUGGUAGACGAGAUUCAUUUGACAGAAAUACAUCAGCAUUUAGUCCAAGUCUAGAGUACAGUCGUGGUAAAUGGCCGCAAAGUUAUGGUGCCUUAGGGACUGUUACAGCAUCUCCUAGUCCUUUAGGACUUUCUUUGACACCACCACCGACAAUUGGAGGAUCACUGGGCGGGUUAGUUGGUGGAGCUAGCCGUGUAUCAGCAGCACCUGGUGCUGAAGCUAAAUUUCGUACAAGUGGAGUCCCUACUUUGACAGCAAAUGGAGUAUUUGGAUCCAGUAGCUCUCUCUUUCCCAACUUGCAAGCACCCAAACCUGCACGUAAUGUUGCGUCAGGAGUGGGAGACAAAGGCGCGGGAGGACGUUCACGAUUACUAGAAGAUUUUAGAAAUAAUCGUUUUCCAAGUCUCCAAUUACGAGAUCUUGCCAACCAUAUCGUAGAAUUCAGUCAGGAUCAACACGGCUCGCGUUUCAUACAGCAGAAACUUGAACGCGCAUCAGUAGCUGAGAAACAACUCGUUUUCCAAGAAAUUCUUGCGUCUGCAUAUUCACUUAUGACUGAUGUAUUUGGAAACUAUGUAAUUCAGAAAUUCUUUGAGUUUGGAACACCUGAGCAAAAAUCAACACUCGCUCAGAAGGUUCGAGGUCAUGUAUUGCCGUUGGCACUUCAAAUGUACGGUUGUCGAGUAAUUCAAAAAGCACUUGAGUCUAUUGGACCUGAACAACAACAGGAAAUAGUACGAGAAUUAGAUGGCCAUGUGUUAAAAUGCGUAAAAGAUCAGAACGGGAAUCAUGUCGUUCAAAAAUGCAUCGAGUGUGUCGAGCCUCGAGCACUGCAAUUUGUUAUUGGUGCAUUUGCCGGUCAAGUUUAUUCUUUGAGUACACAUCCGUACGGUUGCCGAGUUAUCCAACGUAUUUUGGAACAUUGUACACCCGAACAAACUCAAGGUAUAUUGCAAGAAUUACAUGCAGCAACAGAUCAAUUGAUACAAGAUCAAUAUGGAAAUUACGUUAUUCAACAUGUACUUGAGCAUGGUAAAAUAGAGGAUAAAGCACAACUUAUUAGUAGUGUCAGAGGUAAAGUUCUAGCUUUAUCACAACAUAAAUUUGCGAGUAAUGUCGUCGAGAAAUGUGUCACUCAUGCUACACGACAAGAACGUGCUGUUCUUAUUGAGGAAGUUUGCGGUUUCAAUGAUAAUGCCCUGAAUGUCAUGAUGAAAGAUCAAUACGCAAACUAUGUAGUACAGAAAAUGAUUGAUGUUGCUGAGCCAGCACAACGCAAAGUACUGAUGCAUAAAAUACGACCACAUUUAAGCAGCCUUCGUAAAUACACUUAUGGAAAACACAUUAUUGUUAAACUUGAGAAAUUUUUCAUGAAAACUGCAUCAGCAAUUGGUGUAUCAACUCCAGCUGGUACAACUAACAGUACAGGUGAUCUUGGACCAAUAGGACCACCGACAUCUGCUGCAGGUUCUGUGCCAACACCAACUCAACAAUCAACACAGGUUUUGUAAAUUUAAAACGAUGAUGACAAUUAAUAUAUUUUUUUUUUUUCUAUUCAAAAGAAAGAAAAAAAUAUAUCGAAUUAGAAUUGGAUAUAACAUUUUUCCAAUGGAAGAAGAAAAAAGAAAAAAAAUUUUAAUUAUUUUUUUUUUACUUACCAAAUAUUCACAGAGAUUUUAUUUCUAUCGAUAAAAAAAAAUGUGAAUUCUAUUAAUUGAAUUGAAGAAAUCUCAGUGAAUAAUUUAAAUAGUAAAAUGACGAUACGUCUAUCGAUAUGAAAAAAAAGAUUUUUUUUUUUUUUACGGCUUAGAUAUAUUGGAAGUUUCCGAUAGUGAUUGAUUAGAAAAAAAUACGACAGCGAAUCGUAUUAUCUAAAGAUAAUGUUAUUAAACCAACUGGAAAAAUAGACCAGAUGAAUGCGAGUAACGAGUUUCCUCUCAAUGUAUAGUUCAAAGUUUAUUAACUUUUUUUUUUCUUUUUAUUAAAUUGUCACUAUCAUUUUUCAUUUAAAAAACUUAUAAUUGUUUCAAAAUAUCUUCAAAGUUUUUUAUUUAUAUUUUUAAAUACAGAGUUAGCUUUGAAGAAUCUCGUUGUCAGUUGAGUUGAUACUUUUUUUUUUAUUGCGGAGUAAAAAAAGGAUGCUAUAUAUACACAUAUAAAUACAUUAAAUAUCGAUACUAAUCGAUAGUUUUUUUUUUUUCGUUUUAAUUUCUAUAUACAUCCUUGUGUUUCAUUAUUAUUUUUUUUCUUAUUUUAAAAGUCUUAAUUUUGCUUAAUGUAAAGCUAAAAAAGGAGUAAAAUUUUGUAUAGCUAGCCAAUGCUUUAGCAGUGCAUGCAUUUAAGCAUCAGAUUAAAAUGGCAAAAUGUAUGUUUGAAAUUCUGACGAAAAAAAAGCAAAAAAAAAAAAAAAUGUAAUUUAAUUUUUCUUUUCUUGACAUGUAGAAAGUUAUAGGAGACGUCAUUUAAACAUUAUGACAUUUAAUGACAGUGAAAUUUAAUAAUAUCCUCGAUUUUAAUUUACUUUCAUUGUGCUUUACUUGAAAUAUUUUUUGUUUUAAUCGUCACCGAUUACAUGCUGAAAAUAAUUUUUUUUUUUAAAUUCAUCUUUUAGUUUUGUGUAAAAUUUAAAAUGUGAAUAAUCGAAGAUGAAAAAAAAUAUGACAUGAUACGAAAGUAGGCGAGAAAAAAAAAUUACAAGUCCGUCUUCUUUUUUUUUUUUUAAACUAUAGAUAACGAGCUUUAAAUUUAAAAAGUAAUAUCUUUGAUUUAAAAAAAAAAAAUAUAAAAAUUUAGUUUAUAAAUCUCAAAAAGCUCGAAUUUUUUUUUCUCAUUUACGCGAAUUUUGUAAAUUGUGAUAUAAAUAUUAAAUAAAUAUCGAGAUGUAUAAAUAAGGCAACAAUCCCCUUUUCACACUUUAUGGCGUGAAAUUAAAAUAAAUUUCAACAAUAACUCCCCUAUUUUAUUAAUACUAAUAUUAUUACUCUUAGUUAUAAUUAUCUUUUUUCUUUUUUUAUAUAUUUCGCUUAAAUAUUCAAUUAUCAUUUUAAACGACCUUGUGAAUAUUGUGUAUUAUAAUUACAAUUUAAUUAAACUUAAAAAAAACAACAUAAGAACAAAGUAUGGUUUACAUUCUCUACAGUUAAAUAUUUAGGAAGAAACAAAAUCAAUAAAUACCGAUUUUAAUUUUAAUCGUUUUUGAGCCCUUGUGUAAGCAAUUCCCUUUCUUUAGCUUAAACAAAAUAAAAAGAUUGUAAGAUAAAAAAAAAAAAACAAUUUAUUUGACGAAAAUGACGUUAAAGCAAAAAACGAUUUUAAAUUAUAAAAACAAAAUCUAUAGUAAAUAAUAUGAUAAAUUUAUAUAUUAAUUAAUUAUUGAAUUCUUAAUGUAUAUUGUAAAAAAAAAACCUCGAAAUAAAAUUGUUGACGCAUUUUUACGAGAAAUAACUUUUAAAAUAGUCACAUUUAAAUUAUUUGCGAUUAUUUUUUCACAUUUUAUUCUUCAAUGGCUAAAAAUAAUACAAUUAAAAUAAAAUCUUUGCAGUAAUUUAUAAUAAAAAAUUGAGCGUUUGAAUUUUUAUUAAUUCCAUUAAAUAUUUGACUUAAUAAAUGCCUUUAAAAAAUGAUUAAUCAUUUAAAAAUUUCAGUAAAUAAAUUAAAUAGUUCAAUUAAUUAAAUGAUACUCGAGUAAUUUAAUUAAAAACCAGAGUUUUAAGAGUUUAAAAAUUCUUUUAUAUAAAUUGUGAUUAACAUAAUAAAUACACAUGUCAAUCGAGUUGCAUCUCUCUUGUACAAUAUGUAAUAUUUUGUUGUAAUGUAGGUGUUAAAUAAAACAAAAAAAAAUAAAAUAAAUACGAGCAACUCGACAGCAGUGAUGACAAACUUCUAUAUAAAAGAAAUUACAAAGUAGUAGAGUGUAACAAAAAAAAUAGUUUUUUUUAAUUUGAGGAAACAAUUGAGGAAGAAAAACUAUAGCAUAUUUCUUUGUAAAAUAUUGUAUAUAAUCACUUUAUAUUGAAAAUUAAAAAUUUUUAGGAUACUAUCUUUUUCCCUCUCUUUUUCCUCUCAUGAAUGACUCCAUUUAAUAGUUUAAAAUAUAUAUAUAUAUAUUUUCUUAAUUAUUUAAUGGAUUAAAUAAAUUACUGCGACAGAUUAUAUUUUAAAAUUGUAAAAGCCAGAGAAUUGUUAUAUUAUUUAUAAAAAAAAAAUCGGUAUAGACAUUCCAGUAAAUACAUCUCAGAGUGAACGUCAUCAACAAAUAGACUAAAAAAAUGAAUUAAUUAUGGAAAUAAAUUGACAAAAUAUUAUAAAUAAUAUGAAUAUAAUUAUGUAAUAAAACUUAAGGAAUUAUUGUGUAGUUCCUUUAUCUUUGUAAAUCGCCCGUCACCUGUAAAUUAAUAACAAAAUAAUACAUCAUUUAUAGUAAUAGAAAUCAUUAUGUCACAUGUCGUCGGAGUUUUAAAAACCAACCAGAAUUGUUAAUUUAAAAAAAAGAAAGAAAAGAAAAGAAUUUAAUGAAAAUGAAAUCGCAAAAUUUUUCAUGUCGUAUCAUAUUUAAAAUAAUUUAUUGACAGUAAUAAAAUUUAUUAUUUUUUUUUCCUUCAUUUUUAUUAUUACAACAUAUGUUAUUAAUUAUUGCUAAUAUUGAUAAUUUUAAGCGUAUUAUACAUAUAUGCAUAUAUAUAUAUUCAAAAUAUAAGUAAAAUGAAAACCGUAUAUAAAACUUUAUAAAUAUUAAUAUGUAGGAUGUUUAACGUCGACGUAUUUAUCCUCGUGCUUUUAAUCCAUUAUUUUUUAAUCUGCCGUCUUUGAAUUCAAAUCUACAUGUCGUUUAUUAAAUACUUAAAUAUUAUUAAAAUCAAUAGGUUCAUUUUCCUUACAAACAAUAGAAAAAAGUUUAAAGAAUAUUAAAUAUUUAAAAAUUUGAGUGUAAAACAAUGAAAUUAAAAUUCCAUUUCUUUUAUUAUAAAUAGUGUAAAUUUUUUAUGUAACUUAAAAUUUUAAGUAAUAAAUUAUAUAAACAGUUUAUAAAAUUCCAUAAAUAUUUCAAUUUUUUAUACAUAUAUUAAUAUAUAUGUCAAGGCAAUUUAUGUACACAGUCUCGAUCUAUUUCAAUAAUCAUUAAAUUAUUUUUUUUUUUUAAAUCGGCUUUGAUUAAAUUGGAUAUAAAUAUAAAUUCAUUAAACAAUUUUUAUAUAUAUUUAUUUUAAAUUAUAUGUAUAUUUGUAUCUCGCCUUCAUAUUGUAAUUCAAAAAAAAAUUCAUAUUAAAUGUUAUUAUUUGAUUUUAAUCAAAAUUUGUAAAAUUUAAUUUGAGUUUUAAUGUAAAAAAAAAAUACUUGACAAAAUCGCUGUAAAUAAUUUUGAAUGCAGCUCUUUUUUUUGUAAAUUAAAUAUGUAUUUUAAAAUUCCGUACAAAGUUAAAAAAAAAAUAACGAAAUGGUUUUAUUUAAAUUUCUUAAUUCUUUUAAUAAAUCAGAUUAUUGGAAGAUGUAUCGAGGAUUUUUGCGUACGAUUUAAACACAUAAUUAAAAUAAGUAAUAGAAUUGUUUGCGUAACUAUAAAUAUUAAGUGUAUAUAUAUAUAUAAAUAUAUACACAUUAUAUAUAUAUAUAUAAUUGUAUAUGUAUAUCUAAAGCAUUAUAAAAAAUAACUGGUCGAUGUAAUAAGUAAUAUUUAAAUAUUGUAACAAUUGUAUAUGAUUUUAUUACUACUACUUAUAUUAUUACACGCUGAUUGUAUUAUAUAUAUAUGAAAAAGAUCUGCGACCUCCCACUUGUAGUACAUAUUGUUAUAUACACAAAACAUUUAUUAAUACAUAUAUUAAAGAUAGUAAAUUUAAAAAAAUAAUAAUUUAACAUUAAAAAUCAACAUUUCAUAAUUCAAAUAACAAUUAUAUUAAUAUUAAUAAUAAUAAUGUAGUUUUUUAUUCUGAAACAAAAAUUGUAAAGCAUAACACGACACACAUUUACAUAUAUAUAAAUCAUUAUUAUUAUUAUUAUUACUAUAUUCUUUUUGUCAUUUAUAUUAGAUUGUUAAUUACAGUACCGACAUAUGAAUAGUACGCCCUGAUGACUGAUGUACAGUAGCGCGCUAUUCAUUUUAUAUCCAGUUAAAUCGCUUUAAAAAAAUGACUAAAAUUGUAAUCUUAUUUUCUUUUUGUUUAUAAUUAAAAAAAAAAAAAAAACCUGUAUAUAAUUACAAUAAUUCGCAAUAAUUUUUUCAUAAAUAAAUAUUUCGAAGAAUGGUAACAUGUAAAAAAAAAAAUUUUAAUAUUUUUAAACAAAACCGCCCUUUUUUUAUUGCUUAUAGUUAAUAAAGUUCGACUUUUAAAUGAUAAAUUUAAAAAAAUAUACAUAUAUUUUUUUUGUUUUAUAUUUAAAAGGAAAAACUUGACGAUAUAUGACGACAGUAAUCCUAUUUAAAUAACAGGAUUGAUUAUUAUAAAUUAAAUAAAUAAAAAGUCUGUAUUCCAAAAUAGUAUAUAAUAUUUAGAUAAGUGGGAUGGAUAAGCAUAUGAAUAAAUAAAUAUUUAAAACAAAAAAAAAACAUUACAUACUUUGUAUAUUAGUGUAUAGAGGAAAUGUAGAGAAAAAUUAAAACAAGAUACGAAGAAAUAGCCAGCAAAAAUAAUAAUAUUUAAAUAAUCCAUUUUCGACAAAGUUUUUUAUAACAGGCGCAGAGCAGUAAGAAUAGAUAAUCAUUGUAACAUUUUAAAUUAAACAAAAAUAUUAAUAAACAUUCGUGAGCAGUUUUUAAAACAAACACUAGAUUGAAAUAAUAAGGAAAUAACAAUAGUAAUAAUGAUAAUAAUAAUAAUAAUAAUUAUACCAUUUCUCUCGCUCUUUAUCGUUCUCAUUCUAUCUCUACCAUCAUAUAAAUUCAUACCAUACAUUUAUUCUACACAUCAACACAAACAAUUAACUGUGUAAAAAAAAAUUAUUUUAUUAUUUUUGAAACAUUCAAUUUUUUAACUUAAAUGAGAGUUUUAAUUUAAUUUUUUUUUUUUCAACAGCGUCUCGUUUAAAUAACAAAUAAAUUUAAAAGCAAUGAUGUGUUCUGUUAAGAGGGAAAGGGGUCUGAGAUACAAAAAAAAGGAUAUUUUUUUUUUCCGAGUAUGUUCUUUAUUAAAAUUUUAAAAAUUUGUGACAUUGUUAAGCAUCAUUCCAAAAAUAUUCUUUGAAAUUUUUAUAAGAAAAUAUUGAAAAAUAAGCCAGUGGUAGUGGGGAGAGACGAGUCACCUCAAAAAACUCUCCAUGCGGUAGUCGGGAAAACUCAUGACUUCUUUAUUUGAAAUCAAAGAACCAAAAAAAUUUCUGUAGUACAUAAGUUUAUCUUGGAUUUGAACGAAGGAAUAAAUAAAAUAUUCAUUUUUAAAUUUUGGUAAAGGUGCAAUCAAAAAACUCUGAUCUUUGCCAAAAAUUGUUCCCUUUGUUUAAUUAAAAAAUAAGUAGGUAUUGAAAAAAAAAACCUUCGUUCAAAUCCAAGAUAAACUUAUGUACUACAGAAAUCUUUUUGGUUUUUUUAUUUCGGAUGAAGCAGUCAUGAGUUUUCCUGCCUACCGCAUGAAGACUUUUUCUAAGGUGACUCGUCUCUCCCCACUACCACUGGCUUGUUUUUCAAUAUUUUCUUGUAAAAAUUUCACAUAAUAUUUUUGGAAUGAUGCUUAAUAAUGUCACAAAUUUUAAAAAUUUUAAUAAAGAACAUACUCUGAAAAAAAAAAUAUCCUCUUUUUUUUUGUAUCUCAGACCCCUUCCGCACUUGAAAAUAAAAAAAAUGAAAACAUGAUUUAAUAUUUUGACGUUAAUGUCGUUAAAAAAAAAUUGGCAAUCUUAUAAAAAUUUGAAUUUGAUAUUAAAUAAAAAUAAUGAUAAUAAUAUUUAAUUAAAAUAAUUUUAUUAAAGCAAUUAUAAAUUAAAUUUAUGUAGAGUUGUUUCGUAGUUACUCUAUAUUUAAAUUAAAAACAAUUACUUGAAUAAUUAUUGGGUAAAUAUUAUAAAUAAUAAAUAAAAAAAUGUAUUUAUAGAUAUUUCAGUCUAGUUGAAGUCAUAUAAAAAAAAAGAAAAAAAAAUAAAUACUGAUUAUUCGUACUCUUUAUCUCUUUAUUCCAACGACAUAAUUACGUCUUAGAUCGAGUUCUUAAUUAAUCGUUACAAUAAUUAUUAAUUAAUAAAUGAAGUUGCUUUUAAUUGCUUGAGAUUUAUAUUUUUAAUUCAUUAUUCGUUUUCGUUUUUUAUACGCGAUUAAUAUUAAUAUUUCUUCACAUUAGAUAUUAUUUAUUCUCAUUGCGCUACUUAAUUUAAUACAAGUAAAAUUAAAUAAUAAUAAUAAUAUUUGAAUGCUGAAUAAUCUCAUGAUCGCCAGCAAAAAAUUAAUAACAUUCUUGUUAAUGAAGAAAGUACUUAAUUAUAUAAUGACCAUUAAACAUAAAAAUUAUUAUUGUUAUUUAAUUUACUUGUAUAUUAAUAUCAAUGCAUUUUCACUCAUUUAUAGACAACACGAUAUAUUAUAACACAACACACAUUUUAAAAAUAAAGUAUAAAAAAGGUAAUAAAUUAAAAAAAAAAACGGUAAUCUAAUUGUAACAUAUAUAUGAUGGCUGUACAAAUGUAACAUUUUUUUCAUUAUGUAUGAUGAUUGAUAAAAAAAAAAAAAGAUUUUGAUGAAUAUUGUUAAUCGAAUAUUCGUAUGUGUAACGAUCGAUGCUUAAUAAAUUGAUAAAUAAAAUUUUACAAAAUAAAUCAAGAUGAAAAAAAAAAUAAGAGAACGUUAUUAUGACCAUCGAUCGAUUCACUCGCGAGUAAUUUAAAUGAUUGAAAAUAAAACUACUAUUACUUUUAAUUAUUAUUAAAGAUAAAAAAAAUAAAAAACCAUUUCUGUAAUAAUAUUAUGAUAUAAAACCAUA